CUCUCCCUCUCCCUCUCCCUCUCUCUCUCUCUCUCUCUCUCUCUCUUCCACACAUUCAGUGACUUUUUAAUUCAAGGCAACUUUUUUUUUAACUUAUUUAAAGUUGAUGAUUUGUUUUGUAAAUCAUAAUAAAGAAGGAGAAGAAGAAUGUACCUCUGCUGAUGAUGAAACAUUUCAUAAAGUCUGUCUCCACAGAUGACAAACACACGUUGACUUGAGAGUUUCUGUAAAAUGUUCGGAAUGUUCAAGGGCGUUUUAUGAGUGCUGAAUAGGGGCAUGGGUAAGACACGGGUUUACUGUCAUCUUUAAUUUAUAGUCAUUUUAAAGAAAUUGUGUUUUAACUGGCCUGUCAUCACCAUGAACAAAAAAAUAUGAAAAGAGUUUUAAAGGGCUCAUGCCAUGUUUCUUAGAAUUAAACUUCUGGCUCAGUAAACAGCACUGAUGGGUUAAGAGGUAGAUGUCGGUCUAAUCUUGUUAUUGCUGCACACUAAAUAUGUUUUUAGAAAUUUUAGCAUGAUCCUAAUUUACUUCCAUCACGUGAUAGAUGUUAGCAGUGGUUUGUUUGUUUUUAUUCUGUUAUUAUAAGACAGAACAGACGAAUUUACUUGAAGCCAUAGUAACUGUGACAAUAAACUAGCUUACAUAUCAGUGCAAGGCCACUUAAAGGGACAGUUAAUCCCAAAACUAAAAUUCUGUCAUCAUUUACUCACUCUCAAGUUGUUCCAAAUCUGUAUAAAUUCCUUUGUUCUGUUGAACACAGAAAGAUAUUUGGAAGAAUGCUUGUAACCAAACAGUUCUUGGACCCCAUUGACUCCCAUAGUUGGAAAAUUGCUUUAUAAAUGUUCUGUUGCUUAUAAAUGUAAAUAUCUUUCUUCUGAACACAGAAGAUAUUUUGAAGAAUGUUGGACUGCGAACAGUUCUGCGGCACUUUUGACUACCAUUGUCAUUUUUCCUACUAUGGUAGUCAAUGGUGGCCAAGAACUGUUUGGUUAUAAAAAAUAUUAAAUAUAAAAAAAUAUUUAUACAGAUUUGGAACAACUCGGGGUGAGUAAAUGAAUUUUCAUUUUUGGGUGAACUGUCCCUUUAAGUGUCUCUUGGCCUUACACUGAGAUGUAAGCUAGUUUAUUGUCACCGUUAUGAAUGCCUUCAUGUAAAUUCAUCUAGUCUUUCUGAUCUACCUGAAAAUCCCUAAAAUGUACUCCUUAACACUGAGACCACAGACACGAUAAGCGCUUCCUCAUGUGCUGCUUUUCUUGAAAUGGAUUAAAGCUGUAAAAUGUGUCUGCAGAGAUGGCUCUCUUCUGCCUUUCUCAAGUAUGAACUUGCUGUAGUUAUUACAAGAAACGCGGUGUAGAAGCGAUCUCGACACUUCUCAAAGUCCUUAACCCAAAUUAUUGUUGUGUAGCUUGGAUCAAUUUUAAACAAUUGUAGACAUGAAUGACCUCUCACACCGUGUGACUUGUGGAGGUGUUGUCAUUAUUUUUCUAGCACGAUUAGAAAAAUAGAUUUUCUGAAGUAUAAAUCUCUAAAAAACGUUUUUUAAAUGAUCUCAUAGCAAUCCCAAGUGUCUGGAAAGGUUUUACACACACAAUUCCUCUCACGCCUUCAAAAGAUCUUUUCAAACUGUGUACCUUUUAAAAUCGCAGGCACCUUUUUUGGAACUUUGCCUUUUAUGCAAAUGAUCCCUAAAGCAUCACACUUAAAUGUGUCAUACCAGGAAGUGAGUGCCGGCAUUCUGUCCUGCAGACAGAGAGAGAGAGCUAGUGCUGGUCAGGUUAAACACUUCCCGAGUGGGAAGCAGACAGUGCAGUAGGGAGCAUGGCGACCUCAGUGACCUCUAGAGGAUAAAACGCCCCAUCACUGAAGGGACACGUUGCUUUUCUCUUUGCUGGGCUCAGACAACCUUUCAAUGUCAUUGCUUCUGGCUGUUCUCAAGAUAAUUACACACCCAAUCUGAUCCAGUGGAUGACAUGGACCGGAAUGAGCCGUCGCCCGGUUCAGAUGUCGCCAUGAAGAACAAAUCUGCCCAUAACAGCACAGCCGGGCACAACUGCACCGGUAACAUCGCCCCGAAGAGUUGCGUGGAGUCAAACCCCGAUGCCAACCUGAAACCCAAUCACGUCGCCAUGGAGGAGGCGGAUGAGGCGGAGGAAGAGUCCAAGUUUCAUCAUCCUCGACUGAGGAGAGCCGGCGGAGGAGGAGGGGGAGGGAACAGCAUCCGGAUUAAAAGCUGCACGCCAGGAGGAGGAGCCGCGACAAGGAGCUCCGCGCACCUUGAGUCCAGUGCCACAGAUGCGCGCCCGGGUGAAGCUGAUGCUGCGGGUCGCCACGACACCGUCAAAGGUAAAGCGUCAACCGUAGUGGCCAGCGUGACCGUGGAGCCUUGUAAUGUUGCAGGUGAAGCCGAAAGCAACACGCCAGCGCCGGUUUCCAGCAUGAAAUGCAACAAAAACGGAGAAUGCAGGCGGGACUCCGGUACGGGGAGCCUGCGGUCCAUCAUGUCCAAGCAGGAAGGGAAUAAACGGGCAGCCUGCAAUUCAACGACCAGCAUGGACGGAACCACCACUCCCAUCGGCUCCCUGACUCAGGACGCCGGCACGACGCCCGUUUCCAGCGGAGUCCCGGAGAAGAAGGACUCGAAAGUGUCCUUUUCCAACGCCCCGAGUCGGAAAGCCUCUUCCUCCAUCCACGGCACCCAGCAGCAGCCCCGGAACUCGGUGACGUUUCUCAAAUCCGAGGAUGGUCCUCAGAUCGUGGCCGAGGAUAGCGACACCAGGGACAGCCAGGCGAGCUUCAUGCAGCGGCAGUUCAGCAGCAUGCUGCAGCCCGGGGUGAAUAAAUUCUCUUUACGCAUGUACGGGAGUCAGAAAGCGGUGGAGAAAGAACAGGAGCGGGUGAAAUCUGCGGGCAACUGGAUCAUUCACCCCUACAGUGACUUCAGAUUCUACUGGGACUUUUCUAUGCUCCUCUUUAUGGUGGGCAACCUGAUCAUUAUCCCCGUCGGCAUCACCUUCUUCAAGGAAGAGACCACCACGCCCUGGAUCAUCUUCAACGUGGUGUCCGACACCUUUUUCCUCAUGGACCUGGUGCUGAACUUCCGCACAGGCAUCAUUAUCGAGGACAAUUCGGACAUCAUCCUGGAUCCCAAGACCAUCAAGAAGACGUAUCUGAGGACCUGGUUCGUGGUGGACUUCGUCUCGUCUAUUCCAGUGGAUUAUAUCUUCCUGAUUGUGGAGAGGGGCAUGGACUCAGAGAUGUAUAAGACAGCUCGGGCCCUGAGGAUUGUGCGUUUCACUAAGAUCCUGAGUUUGCUGAGGCUGCUGCGUCUCUCUCGUCUGAUUCGCUACAUUCAUCAGUGGGAGGAGGUAUGUAAUUCAUUUAACUGCACGGAACCAAUCGGUGACCAAUAG